ACUAGGUCACUAUGUAAAUUAUCUGCCCUCCCAUGUUGCAUUGCGAAGCGUCUUAACGGAAAUCACAAUGGCUAUGGCGGACAGUAUCCAGUCGAGCCGACACGAGAAAAGCCUCGGUUUAUUAACGACGAGGUUUGUUUCACUCUUGCAAGAAGCUAAAGAUGGGGUACUUGAUCUCAAAGUGGCUGCAGACCAAUUAGCUGUGAGACAGAAGCGACGAAUAUAUGACAUCACAAAUGUUUUAGAAGGCAUCGGGCUGAUUGAAAAGAAAUCUAAAAACAGCAUACAAUGGAAAGGUGCUGGUCCAGGCUGCAACACAAAAGAAAUAACAGAUAGGUUAACUGCACUGAAACAAGAACUUGAUGAUCUAGAUGCGAGGGAGGCUGAGCUUGACCAACAGAGGCUAUGGGUUCAACAGAGUAUUAAAAAUGUCACUGAUGACCAGGAAAAUCAUAGAUUAGCAUAUGUAACACAUGAAGAUAUUUGUAGAUGCUUCAGGGGAGAUACGUUACUUGCAAUUCAGGCCCCGUCAGGCACACAGUUGGAAGUUCCUAUACCCGAAAUAGGUCCCAAUCAGCAAAAAAGAUAUCAAAUUCAUUUAAAGAGUUACAACGGUGCAAUACACGUAUUACUCGUCAACAAAGACACAACAAGUAACAGUCCUGUCGUUGUACCUGUGCCGCCGCCAAACCUAAACCAAGCUGCCAUAAACCAAGACAUUCCAACACAGAAACCAGCAGUGCCCAUUGCCAGCAAGCUAGUCCCUGCCAGUGAUCUCUCGUCUCUACAACCCGUGUCGGCGAUAGCUGCCGCUGUAGCUGCUGCAGCCACAUCCUCAAACCAUGCUGCCAUAGAGACGCUGAAAAAAAUGGACGUUUCAAGUUCAAUGGGUGUAGACAGUUUAAAUGAUGUUCCAAGUGAGAUGCUGUUUGAUCCAUCAAAAGACAGCGCCAUGGACGGUGAGCUUAUUGAUGAGCUCAUGCAGUCAGAAAUGUUUGCUCCACUACUACGACUGUCACCACCACCUGGCGACCAUGAUUAUUACUUUAAUUUGGAUGACAGUGAAGGAGUCUGUGAUCUCUUUGAUGUCCCAACGUUGUUGACUUGAAGUUCUAUUCCACUACAAUUUGGAUGGAUUUAUAGGAACUUUUUGUAUUCCAUAAUGACCAUUUGGUUCUCACCGUCACUUCGAAUGACAAUCGUGACCUUUUGGUUGUGACCUCUGUAACAUCACUUUUGAUAUGUGCCGAGAUGACACCAUCACUCGGGAUUGAUCGCUUCAAAUGCUUAUUUAGAUGAGAUCAUCAUUUCCGAUGUGUACCUUGAUGACAUCAUUGCUUUUGGAUGUGUACCUUGGUGACAUUACUUUUGGAUGGUUACCUGUUGACAUUACUGUGGCUGCGUAUCUUGAUGACAUCAUUAAUUUGGAUGCUUACCUUGAUGACAUCAUCACUUUGGAUGCUUAUCAUCACAUCUGUAUAUUUCUGUUACAUGAUUUAUUUAUGCCCUGACAUUAAUUUCUGAAAGAUGUCAACUUUUCAGCUGUAGAUGUGAACUGGCAUAUCCUCCCUACCUUUUUGGGGUGGGGCAGCCCUUGUACAAAGACUAUACCAAAUAUCUUUCCAUACUAACAAGUGCUAAUGUUUAUACGUAAACUCAUUUCCAUUCUGCACAUGAUGCAGGAUGUGUUCUGUUUUUGUACUAAUCCUGUCUGUGGAUUAUGUCGUCAUCCUGACUGGAUUAUAAUAAGCAUAUGUGUACAAUGAACAGAGACCAAGCAAUGAGAAUUUAUAUUUCACUAAAGAAAACUUCCUUUUGGCAGCUACUACAGUUGUAGAGCAAGAUUAGCAGUGCCCAUAUUUUCAAAAUCAUUUUCUGCAUAAAAAUAUUGCAUGCAGUUUGUUGUAGUAUAUACCGUAUGUAAAUAAAAGUAUCUGGGAAAGUGUUUUCUACCAGGGUGAGUGGAGAGGCCAUAGAUUCUCUUGAAAUUGAUUCCUGGAAAAAAGGUAGUAUUUGAGACUUGUUUUGUUUGAGUCCAAGUGACACUGUACUCUAUAAUGGAUUUCUAUAUUUAAGUUAAGACGAUCUUACUGUAAAUGUUUUAAUUAUUCACUGGCUUUUAUAUUUGCUGAAAAGUGAAAGUGUAUAAAUUAACUCAAUUAAAUAAAACUCAUUGGUCAAUAUGGCGAAAUUAAUCCCAGGAAAAAUUGCUUUUCCAGUACAGAUACCGCUUCCCGUUAAAGGGAAAAUUUGCUAUUUCAACAAAUUUUCUAUAUCAUUUAACAGUUGGAACGAAACAUCCAUUCAAUGAGUGUCAGCAUAGAUGUUCUGGAUUAUGCCACGACUACCGCAGUGUGGCUUCAUCCUACCAAUACUGCUAAUAUCAUAGCUGUUGAGCCACUUGUAGUCCAGAAAGGAAGCUUGCACAGAAUGUAAUAUAGGAGUGUAUUUAUGAAUACUAUUAAUUUUGUGUUUUAUUCUUUAUUUUGAACAACUUGUAUUGUAAUCAGAAUUUUUUUUUUAUUUCUACAAUUUGAAUUACCUGAAAUGUUGAUUUAGCAACUUUUUUUUGGAUCCAGAAAAAAGUAAAACUGUGUAUUUAAUUU